AUGUAGUUUAUAGGUAGUCCAGCAACAGUUAGCUAAAAAACUCCACCGAAUAUGACAGGCCACUUGCCUAAUUUACCUUCCAUGCGUGAUCCUGAUUUCAUGGAGCUGGUAUGGGAAAAUGGUGAAGUUCUCAUUCGAGGUUCAUCGUCGAAGAUAACUAAGACGAUUUCCCCGUUCUCGUCACAUUAUUUGUAUCGAUCGAAGUCUCGAAUUCGACUAAUCGAAGGGAAAACUUGUAACGCCAGUGGAUCAAAGGAUGGGGUUGCAGAUUCUACGUUAGCCGAUCCCAUAUCGGAUAUCUCCAGUGCUGUUCUGGGAUCCGAUAAAAGAUGUUACCAUAAACAAAGCGACUUGCCUAAACUCAUAGCAGACCACCAGGCACACGGUUCUUCCUUGAAGCAGCAGCAUGAAACUUGGGAUAUGGGAUCGAAGGAGGAGAAAGAUAAGGUGAACUUUUCCAUGUUCUUAAGCUCCGGUGCAACAAGAGCAAUAAGCAGUCAAGGACUAGCUGCAGGAGCUGAGGAUUUACGAGGCAAUAAUGUCAAAUCUUUGCCUCCAAGUGGUGAUCCCUUGGAAAACGAAGGGAAUUUAAUGGCUAAGAAAAUGAAGUCACCUCAAAAAGUGUCACAUCCGGAUGAACAAUCCGAAGCCGUUCCGAAUACGAGGUUACCUAAUGAGGUUCAUGAAUCCUCAACCUUAGCACCGGAUAAUACAGGUUUUAAGGGAAAUCCUGAGAAAAUGGUUGCAUCGUCUUCGUUGUGUUCGCGUGGUGCUUCAAACUGUCCAACAUACCCUUUGAAAAGGAGAUAUGAAGUCACUGAUCUCAGUAAUAAUACAGAUAUGGAAGAAGAACCAGAGGGAACGAGGGGAAGCAAAGGUGCUAAGGGAAAGAGAAAAACAGAAGUCCACUACCUAUCUGAAAGGAAGCGAAGAGAUAAAAUCAACAAGAAGAUGCGUGAACUGAAAGAGCUCAUACCAAACUGUACUAAGGUGGAUAAAGCUUCGAUGCUUGAUGAGGCAAUCGAGUAUCUAAAGACCCUUCAGCUUCAAGUGCAGGUGAUGUCAAUGGGAAAUGGGGUUUACAUGCCACCGAUGAUGUUCCCGUCGCCUUCAACAAUGCAACAUAUAAAUGCUCAACAUUUGGGUGGCUACUCUCCCAUGGCUGUUGGGAUGGGUAUGAGGCUGCAAAUGGGUGUCGGCUGCGGCGCUCCGCUGCAGUUUCCGACUUCACUAAUGCCAGGAGCAACGUUCACCUUUUGUAUCUUCGGCUGGUAG